AUGAACGAAGCCUCGGGCAUCUUUGACGAUUAUUCGGCGUCGUCAUUGUCGCGUCAAGAAGGAGAAAAAAAAGACAGCAAGGGUUUAAUGCAAAAGAUCAAGGACAGCGGGGUUGCCGGGAUCAUCGCCUUUGGCAUUGUCCAACUUGGCUUUUGGGUGGGCACAUUUCCUUUCAUUGUACUUGCAUUCUAUAAAGUUUCGGGACACUUUCCUGAUUUCAACAGCCAAGAAGAUAUGGCCUUUUUCGGGGGCGAAUCCUUUGCCUUUGUCAAUGUGCUUCGGCUUGCUGCCCCUUUCCGAAUAGGCUUUGCCCUAAAGUUGGUGCCAUGGAUUCAAGAGAAUGUUGUCGACAGGCUGAAGUUCAAGGAACGGGAUGAUGGAUAG